AUGGCCCUUCCAGACCUGCUUCCCAUGGAAUACGAGUAUACUCAGUCCGAGAUCUAUGAAUUGACAAGUCGCUCUUUCGGAUAUUUCCACGUGCGCUACAGCUACGAGAACCCUCAUGUUACGAUCAUCACGGCUUCGUUCCAGGCGAAAGUUAGACUAAAGAACACUAAAAAACAAACGGGGGCGUGA